AUGGGUAGUUCCAAAAAGAAACUGUGGAUUGCACUUUCCGAUGCUGAAAUUGGGAAAUAUAUGGGUUUAGGAGUAAUUGAAAAAUGGUGCCCCUUGUGUAUUCAUGCUGGAUAUGCAGGAUUCAGGUCACAAAUUUGGCUUUUUAGAGAAGGCACUGGCAGUGCAGCCGAACAGUUAUAUCCACCUCUAACCAAUGGUGCUUUAAGAAUGGCAAAUUCAGCUUCAGAAAAGACAUUCACACCUCUGAAGCAGUGUGUAAUUGGCAGCAAAUACAAUGUUAUGGCUGUUGUCAGUGAAGUUGUUAAAUAUCCUUCGAUAACACGGAUUGGAAAACUCCACAUGAUGUUUGGUAUUGCAGACCAGUCUUGUCCUGUUGUAGAUGGCUCUAUUAAGGAUAUUCUUCUCCAAGUAUUCACAGCCAACACUCCUGAAGUUAGAAAUAUUUUAGAUCUUAUAAAUGCUGGAGAUGUAGUGAGAGUAAGGAGUUUGAUGAUGGAGAAAUACAAAGAUGCAUAA